CUGUGUGAGUAAACACUCAGGGCCACGCCCAGAACAUUUGGCUCUUAAAACACGUGUCCAGUGAGUGACGGGCAGAGAAACUGCUGACAGCAGAUCAGAUCAACACAAGAGGCUGAGACCAGCUGGCUUCCUCUCAGGACACCAUGGACACUUUCACCUCCAACGAUGAGCCCAAGAUGAAGAAAGAUUAUGACAAAAAGGUUUUUGUAAACAGAAACCUGACGCUUGAAAGCAUCAAAUGUUACGGCUUCGACAUGGACUACACGCUGGCAAUGUACAAAUCUCCUGACUAUGAGAGCAUGGGCUUUGAGCUGAUACGAGACAGAAUGGUGUCUGUUGGAUAUCCUCAUGAGAUUCUCCGCUACACCUACGACCCCAGCUUUCCCACUCGUGGAAUAGUCGUGGACACCACAUAUGGGAACCUCCUGAAGGUGGAUUCUAACGGCAACAUCUUGGUUUGCAGUCAUGGCUUCCUCUUCCUCAAACA